AUGGCAUCCACCAUCCAUGCCAUGCCACUCGACCGCGGUGCCUUUGUGGAUCACUGGAAUUGGCCCCUAUCUCCGGGCCACCAAAGCUGCGACCGCUGGAGCAGACGCUUAUGGCCCUCCCUGGCCCUGGGUCACGUGGGGGGCUUCAAAGGGCACCCAGUGCAGCGCUUUGCAAAUGCCACCGCCAUGAUGGUGAUGAACAAGAAUUUCAAGGGGAGAGGAUACGCUCCUAGACAUCGAUGCUUGGAUUAUGGAUUCCUGCCUCCUUCAACAGAGGAGGUACGGCCCAAAGUGGCUCUGGCCAUUCAUGUGGGGCAUGAUUCGAAUAUUGCCAUGAGCAUCGAUGGAAGGGUCCAAUGCGUACUUGAACUGGAGCGUUUCUUUGGAGAGCGCUACUACGAUUUGUUGGGCUAUGGCUCCUAUGACUGGUCCGACGUGUUGCGCUUUGCUCCCAGGUACCGCUUGGAUUUUUUGGAGGCCAUGGAAGCCUUUUGGAAAGGCUGCGAAUGCGAAGGUGGAAGGCCCUGUCCCAGGAGCUUCGAUUUUGGAGUCAUCAUUGAGCCGCACAUGAUGUUCGACAUCCCCGGGCUCGCGGAGGAGGUGAUGCAGGUGAAGCAAUGGAGGUGGGUUCACCAUCACGAGGCGCAUGCCCUGCUGGGCUUUCUGUCGUCGCCCUUCCAGCGUGCCCUGGUGGUCUCCUAUGACGGCGGGGGCGACGACGGUUUCUACAAUGCCUUCUAUGGCACGGGGCAAACGGUGCAACGGGUGGCACGGCUGGAUGCGAACUUUGCAGGGGCGUACAACAGCAUGACUAAUGUCUUCACAGAGAUUUACCCGGAGUGUGAAGAGAUCUUGAGCUGGUAUUGCCGAAAUAUGGACUUGGCUGAUACUGACUGGAUAUCCAUUGAUGUCGUGCGCAGUUCCGCCCAUAUGCUCAGUGAUGCGGGGAAGAUCAUGGGCUACAGCGCCGUGGCGGCGGAUCUCCCCGUUCCCGCGGCCGUCCAACGCUCCGUAGCCAAGCUUCUGGACCUGGAGCUGGGCAGGGCCACCCUGGACCCGGCCAAGCAGAACCGAAGCAGGCCAAAGGGUGUGUUGCCCACAGAAAUGGUGGCCCUGGCAUGUCAAGGGAAAGACAAGCAAGACUUACUGGCUGCAGAGCUGCAAAGGCAAUGGCAGCAGAGGAGUUUGGACCUCAUCAAAAGUUUGUUGGAGAGGUUGGAACCCGUGGAUGGUGUCGUGCUGAUGGGCGGCUGUGCGCUCAAUGUGGCGGCCAAUCAGUUUAUCCAAGACAGCCUGAAGAUGGAAGUCUUUGUGCCUCCAGCGCCCAGCGACUGCGGCAUUUCGGUGGGGGGUCUCUUUGCUGUCUCACCGCCUACCCAGAGGCAAGAGAUGCAGUACUUGGGUUUCAACCUCUGGGACCGAGACGAGCUGCCUCACUACGCCACGCAGCGCAACGCGCGGCGUCUCUCGGAGCUGGGCGGGGUGGCGUUUUUGGCGCAGCUGCUGGCGACGCCGCGGGCGGAUGGGCAGAAGCCCAUCGUGGCCUUGGUGCGGGGCCGCCAGGAGUUUGGUCCCAGGGCUUUGGGGCACCGGAGCUUGGUGGCAGUGCCGGAUGCGGAGGAGAUGAAGCGAAGGAUGAAUCGCCUGAAGUUUCGGAAAUGGUAUCGCCCCAUCGCGCCGAUGAUCGCAGAGGAAGCCUUGGAAUCCGUCUUUGGUCGCAAGGUCCUGUCGAGGUACAUGGAGCGUGCACCAAAGGUCCUAGAUUGGGUCCGGCGAGAUUUUCCGGCCAUGGUCCAUUUCGACGGCACGGCACGGCAUCAGUCGGUGGGUGUGACCGAUGAACCCUGGCUGCAUCAGCUGCUGUUGGCGGUGUCCAAGCAUACCAAGCUGGCCGCACUGAUCAAUACCAGCUUCAACACGCGAGGGAAACCCAUUGUGAAUAGCAUCAAAGAGAGCCUUGUCAUGCUCGACACGCUGCCGGAUUUGGAUUAUGUGCUCAUUGAGGACACCGCUGGUGACAAGCACGGGACUGGUUUGAUCCCGCACCGCUUUGGUUUGUUGGUGCAAUCUGUUUGGUCCUGUUUGGAACACCAAAGCUACCAUUCCACCAGGGACUACCUCUUCGUGGCGCCCCAGGGGAAGGCUCUACCAGCUGAAGAGUUCAGAGAGAAGUGUGGCGUCAGUCACUACCAGGGCACCUGCGCUUCGGAUGAAGUCGCUGGAGAGAUCCAAGGAGAGGACGGAGUGGUGUGUGCUCCGCGCUGUAGUGCCACUUACGAGUGCCCUACGGAGCUUGCUGCUGUGUCGGCGCAGCCACAGUGCAUGCUUCAGAAUGUGGACCAGGCUUUCUACUGCGGCCUGCUUUGUCAAGCAGAUGCUCAGUGCCCAAGCGGUGCUUCUUGCAGAAAGGUUGGCACGCAAGCAGUGGGCCUCUGCAUUCAUCCCCUCUCCUUUUCCGAUUGGGCACGCCUUUCCUCACGAAUGAAGUUGAGCAUAGGCUUUCCGAGCACCUCUGGCACCACGGCCAAGGGCUUCCAGAUCGCAAAGGCUUACUCUGCACUUCAGAGCCUGAAAAGACGCUAUGCCAUCUCCGAUGGCGAUGCCGAUGUGGUGACCGUGAAGGAGAUGUUGGCGGCAGCGAGUAGCCCCAACGCCCUUUCGGACCACCAACGGAGCUCCCUCAGCAAGUUAGAACACCUCUUCCGUCGCUCCAGCGGUUCUCCCACUGGCCUGGGGGGUGAAGUCUCUUCUGACUUGAAGUACUUUGGCAACAACAUGAUGAGCGGUUUGCCGGGUUGGGAGCGCGAGGCCGAGAGCGUGGUAUGGAACGUGGAGCACAUUGACCACUACGGUGCGGCCACCGGCCUGCUCCGAGGUAUCAUAGAAGUGGCCAUCGUUUACCUUGCCUGUGGAGCCAUCUACAAUUACCAAGCGAAGGGCGCUAGAGGUCUACAGCUGAUUCCUCACGUGGGCUUUUGGAUGGACUACCCUGCGUUGGUGAUGGAUGGUGUGCACUACAGCAUGAAGUUGGUGUCUGAAUACACUGGGCAACAGCCUCACAGCUACUCGGAGUCUAGCGGCUUCCAAACCUUGGGAGCGGCGGAGAGGGACACUUUCGCCAACUUUGAGCCUUCCAGAUGA